UGUGGGGGAAACCGGCACCCUGGUGCUGCGGAUUGGGAUGUGCAGACAGGCGUGCUCGCCUUCGGUGCGGACAACAAUGUCGCCUUAUGGGAUCCUCUAGACAAGACUGAUCGCGGCAUCCACGCCCUGCUUGUUGGUCAUACUGACAAAGUCAGCGUCGUUCGAUUUUAUACAUGCCCCGCCUCAGGAACGAGAUUUAUCGUCACCGGCUCUGUCGACCACACAAUACGGGUAUGGCAAAAGGACAAUUCCAAUCCUCACAAUUAUGUCCUUGCUUUUACCCUUGAGGGCCACACAAGCUCAGUGAAUGCGAUCGCCGUCGCUGAUGGAACGGACAUCGUCGCAUCUGGAGCGGCUGAUGGCACAGUUCGGAUCUGGAGAAUAAAUGCACAGGACGAACUGAAAUGCGAGCUCCUUGACACGCUCACAAUGACACCACGGUUUUUCCCACUCUCUUUAUCAAUGCAAACGCUUGAAGGCGAUUCGGACAAGCCAUUGGUUUUGGCCGUUGCGGGCACAACGACCAAGGUUCAGAUUUACGUCUCGGAAACAUCUGUCGACAAGCCAGAGUUCAAGCGCCGGGCUGUGCUUGCGGGACACGAAGCAUGGAUAAAGGCUCUUUCGUUCACCCAGGACAAGCAGAACGACGGUGAUAUCCUGCUAGCGUCUGCAAGUCAAGAUAGAUAUAUCCGUCUUUGGCGACUGCAUCGGGGUGAAGCGAGUGCCCCUGCUGCGAUAGAUGACACGGAUCCUCUGCUUGGGGGAAUGGAGCCUACGUUGUCGAACAAAGCCCAUGAAUUCGAGGCUGCAGGAUCAAAAUACUCCAUUACUUUCGAAGCUCUUCUCUUUGGACAUGAAGACUGGAUCUAUACCAUUUCGUGGAAUCCUGAUUUGAAGCGACAGCAGCUUCUGUCGGCUUCGGCUGAUAACACGAUCAUAAUUUGGGAACAAGACCAAGCGUCAGGAGUUUGGAUGUCCACAGAGAGAAUGGGAGAGAUCAGUGUCCAAAAAGGAUCUACCACAGCGACUGGUAGUGCAGGUGGCUUCUGGAUUGGGCUCUGGUCACCAGAUGGCAAGCAGGCGGUGAGUCUUGGCCGCACAGGUAGUUGGAGAGUCUGGCGACAUGAUUCCGACUCGGAUCUUUGGUUACAGAGGUUUGGCGUUUCGGGCCAUGUGCGCUCAUCGAACGGUGUACAAUGGGAGCCCACUGGAGGGUACUUGCUUUCAACUAGCUCAGAUCAAACCACUCGGCUUCAUGCAAAGUGGGUUCGGGGAGAUGUAGGCUCAUGGCAUGAGUUCUCUCGCCCUCAGAUUCAUGGGUACGAUUUGAACUGUGUCGACACAUUGGGACCCUCACAAUUCGUGACAGGCGCAGAGGAGAAGCUCUUGCGUGUGUUCAAUGAGCCCAAACCAAUUGCCCAGUUGCUCGAGAGACUCACUGGGUUCAAGCAAUCGAAUGACGAGGAUCUCCCAGACACUGCUGAAAUUCCAGUGCUAGGUCUCUCGAACAAGGCACUUGGAGAUGAGGCACCAGUAGAAGAGGAUGGAAAAGCCCCGGCUACUGAAGCGCCAGUCGCUUCUGCCUCACUGGCUGCCGACCACCCGCCACUGGAGGAUCAGUUGUCACGUUACACAUUGUGGCCAGAGCAUGAGAAGCUCUAUGGCCAUGGCUAUGAGAUAUCAGCAGUGGCAGUGAGCCAUGACCGUAAGCUCAUUGCUACAGCCUGCAAGGCCAGCUCCAUUGACCAUGCGGUAAUUCGCCUCUAUGAUACGUCGGACUGGCAUGAGAUCAAACCUUCUCUCACUGCGCACUCGUUAACCAUCACGGACCUUUCAUUCUCGAGUGACGAUCGCUAUCUUCUCAGUGUUGGACGAGAUCGCCAAUGGGCAGUCUUCCAGCGAAGCGAUACAGACCCAACUAUGUUUAUAAACUUCAGCAUAAACCCCAAGGGUCACUCUCGAAUGAUCCUGGGUGCAGCCUGGGCCCCAGCUACAACCAACUAUGUCUUUGCCACGGCAGGACGUGACAAAUCCGUGAAAAUCUGGCAAAAGUCGGAAGACACCUUCGUCUGCAAAACAACCGUGGCUCUGACAUCGGCGGUCUCAGCAAUUGCUUUCUUGCCCGCAACAUACAAAGGCACAUAUGUUAUUGCUGCCGGCGAGGACAGCGGCGUCGUCUCUAUUCACGGAAUUGCUGCUGACACCCUCGAAGCACAGCACAUUGUGACUAUUGACAAGGUGGUCUCACCUUCAAAGACCAUUACUCAAUUAGCAUGGCGACCAGUGUCUGCAGAGGCGGAUACUAAGGAUCAGUUCGAAUUGGCGGUGGCAAGCGAGGAUACCUCCACACGGAUAUAUGCUAUCUCGACCCUGCUCUCAUGA